AUGGCAUUUAAAGCUAUCCUAGUUUUCGCUUCAGCACUUUUUCUAGAGUCUGCCUUGGGCCAGUGUCUUGGCCGAGCCGGUCCUGGUCUUGGAGCAUACCGUGGCGGUUGGGACGGCCUUGGCUACGAUGGUCUGGGCUAUGAUGGUAUCGGUUACGGAUGGAACGGUCGCGUUGGUUGUGGAGGCUUCGGUGAUGAUAUCGCAGCUGCCAGCGCCCUCGGAGCCUCUCAUGGAGGUACUCUUGCUGUCGUAUCUUCGUCUGCAGCUCCUACCGGCCUGGGCGUGACUUCUGAGAAUUCUUACGAGGGUUCCGUGGGUGUCUGCGGUAAUCUGCCGUUCCUGAGUACAGCAGCUGUCGCCGGUGAAUUCCCCACUGCUGGUGUUGGUGGUAUUAACUCCAGCUGUGGUGACGGUGCCGUUGGUAUAACAGCUGAAGGUGGUAUUGGUUACGCUCCAGCUGUUGCCAUUGCUGCCCCUGUCUAUAACGCAGCCCCUACCCCUGUCUAUGGAGCUGGUAUCGCACCAGCUGCCUACAGCGGUGUGAACCGCGGAUGCGGUUGUGGAGCUAACUACGGAUAUUAA